UACUAACCAAGAUUGUCUGCUUCCAGGCUUCUUCCUGUGUUUCUGAUACUGACUAACCCAAAAGUAAUUCUGCUGAUUGAAAUAAACAGUUUUCAAUUUUUACUUCCCAAUUUUCACGAUCGACGAGUAUGGAUUUGUUUCGAGAAUCGGCUGUAGGCCAAGUGAUCAGAUACGCGACAAAGAACAAAUACUUGCUAUACCCAGAGGAGCAAGGAGACUUCCACUGGGCACCACUGGAGACACUCUUGAAACAAGAAGACAACGCAGCAACUUCCGAAGAAAAAUCUCCCCCCGAGUCCUCUGCUUCAGAUGGCGAUAUUGAAAUCAACGAAAACAAGACGUCUAAGGAACUUGAUGACGAAGAUGUUGAUCAAACCCAAGAUCCAACCCCGUUUCAGCUCGAAGCCAUCAGAACCAAACAGGACCAUGAAGCUGCCCGUACUCGCACUAAUGGUUCGUCGAUUCAUCGAGAAUUGACUCGCACUUCCACCGCCGCGUACACCCGUGAACGUUUUGACGUCGAGCAAGUGAUCCAAGCAGAAAGAACAAAGUCUAUUGCUAUCGCACCAACCAAGACUGCCGACGGAACAAUUCUGGUCGACUGGUACACCACCGAUGAUCCUGCGAACCCACAGAAUUGGCCAUCGUUCAAGAAAAACAUUGUGCUUGUUCAGCUCUGCGCGUAUUCUCUCGCCGUCUAUGGAGCAUCAAGUAUGUAUGUUCCUGGAGAAGGUGGAGUCAUGAAACAAUUCCACGUUGGAGAUACAGCAGCUGCAGUGGGUCUCGCCAUCUUUGUUGUUGGGUACGGGGUUGGGCCGCUCUUGUUCGCUCCGUUAAGUGAGAUUGCCUCAAUUGGAAGGAAUUGGGUCUAUGUUCCUACAUUCGCUCUCUUCGUCAUCUUGUCGAUUCCGACUGCCGUUGUUGAUAACUAUGCUGGCUUGCUGGUGCUCAGAUUUCUUACUGGCUUCUUCGGGAGUCCAUGUCUAGCAAAUGGAGGUGCAUCAGUCGGCGACAUGUAUUCUCUGCUAGAGCUACCUGUUUAUCUCUCAGCAUGGACAGCAGCUUGUUUUUGGGGUCCUGCUAUCGGUCCCAUCAUCGCAGGGUUCGCUGUUCAAGCUAAAGGUUGGCGUUGGGGACUCUGGGAAAUUGUCUGGCUAACAGGCCCAAUUCUCAUCAUCUUCCUCUUCGCAUACCCGGAGACCUCGGCAGACAACAUUCUCCGGCGACGAGCACAACGUCUUCGAAAGCUUACAGGACACAAUCAUAUCAAAUCAAAGAGUGAGAUUGAUCAAGCGAAAUUGAAAGCCUUAGAGGUAUUCCUCGACGCCAUCAUUAAACCAAUUGAGAUCAUGGUCAAAGACCCCGCUGUUGCAUUCACCAACAUCUAUGUACGUCCCCACCUUCUACUAUCAAAGCGAACGCGAGAGAAUAAACCUAACAACACCUAGACGUCGCUCACCUACGGAAUCUACUAUUCCUUUUUCGAAGUCUUUGAAAUGAUUUGAAAUGUCCGGCAUCGAAGUGAGAAUAAUAAAUUCUAUAGACCGACUUAUUAGGUAUAGUAUGGGUAAGGUAAGCUAAGCAAGCGAGAUAUCACGUGUAGAUUGACUACCUACCUACCUACUCGGCCUCCACGGCAGCGGCCCCCGGAGGGAAAUACAUAAGGUACAGUAUCAAAGUUCCCUCAACGUUUAAACAGGAGUUUCUAUGAGUAUAUCCCCCAAUCUACCACUUCAACAUUGGCGAAGUCGGUCUCUGCUUUUUGACCAUCGGCGUCGCCUGUCUAAUUGGAGUUACCGGUUUCUUGGUUUAUCAGUUCAAGUACUUGAUCCCAGACAUUAAGAAGAACGGUCUUAGAGAGCCAGAACACCGUCUAGUCCCUGCUCUUUUCGGAGUAGUCUUCCUUCCCGUGGGCUAUUUUAUGUUCGGAUGGACGGCAAGACACGCUGUUCACUGGAUAGUGAGUCUGAUUGGCGUGACAAUUCUGGUCGCAGCGAACUUCUUCAUCUUCCAGUGCGUCUUCGUCUACCUUCCACUUUCGUACCCAAGAUAUGCUGCGAGUUUGUUCGCGGCAAACGAUCUGUCUCGUUCAAUGUUUGCUGCUGCUUGCAUUCUAUUCUCGCGUCCGAUGUUCAUCAAUUUGGGCAUUGGAGGAGGUGUGAGUUUGUUGGCGGGUCUGUCGUGCCUGGGUGUCGCGGGUAUGUUCUAUUUGUGGAGGUAUGGUGGGUGGCUGAGAUCGAAGAGCACUUUUGCUGCUCAUGGAUAAGGGUGGUUGAUACGGUCUCAGAAACUGGACGGCCGAUUCACAGAAGCUGGGACGCUGAUGGAUCUUGCUUCGUACUUCAGCUGGCAUUUUAGAUGUCUCUGCGGAAAUCUCCUGUAUACCUUUGGAGUCAAUCAAAAAUAAUAUUGCAAUAGCAUACUUUAAUUUAGCAUCUAUUAAUGCCAUCUUUCCACUCUAAAUCA